AGCUAUCACAAGGUCUCAAAAAGAGAAAGAAGAACCACCAUUACACUAGCUUGGAAGGACAAAAAACUACAGCUCAACUUUAAAGAGUUCUCAAAAGGGUUUGAUGAGGCAACAGUUAGAGAUCUCAAAGAAAAAGUGAAGUUAUUGACAGACGUACCUAUUGCUUCUAUGAAGCUUCAAGUCUCUGGGGGUAAAUCUUUGAUCAAAUAAGAACAAUGUUUCUCAUCCAUAUAUGAAUAUGAAUAGCCAACAUGAAAGAUGAUACAGCUACCUUGUCAAGCCUUGGUGUUCAUAAGGGAUCAAUCGUUACUUUAAAUGGAGAGGUUGUUGAUGAAACGGUUGUCAAGCAAACUGCUUCUGGUAAUCCAGAAGAAUAUGCAUUAAUGCUUCGAAUUGCCAAUAUAGUUGAAUCAAUUGAAAACAACACACUAAAGAAAUUAGAAGAAUUUGAUGCUUCGAUAAAAAAGAAUCAACAGAAAAAGAAGUUGAGUGAAACGGAGAAAAAGAAACUACAGGAUCAAGGCAUCUAUUUGUCAGAAAAAAUUAUGCAAGGCUUGAUCAGUUUGGACAGUGUCGAAUGCCCUAUGAGUUUCGAUACUGCUAGACAACGUAGAAGAGAAGGUGUUCGUUUAGCACAGAAAUUAUUAGAGCGCGUUGACAACUCAAGAGCUAUUGUUAGAGAGAUUUGUAAAAACAAAUAAACCAAC